UCCUUUUGCCCGCUGGCCUCUGAGGGCGGAGAGAGCAAGGGAAAGGGAAGGAAGGGCUUUUGUCUCCCCCCCUCUCGCUGGACUUGCUUCUCUCUUUUUCCUCCUCUCCAGAGCGAUGGAGGCCACGGAGGGAAGGACAGACAGAAGGAAGAAGGAAGCAUGGCCAUGGCCUGCUCACCUGCCACCUGUACUGUCUUCUCUCUCAGUGGAUGCUUUUUCCUGAGGGUGGGGAUUUCUGAAUAUGAAGUCACAAAUAUCCUUCGUGUUGAUGCUGCUUUAUAUGAACAUUGUUCGGGGCGGUGAAGGCUUUUAUCCUGAACGAUAUCAGGAACGAUAUCAGAAACAACCCAGCGUGCCAAUGAAAGGGCCAGCAUUCCUACCUUUCAACAUGAAAAGCCAUGUUGUACAGACCCGAGGUGAGCAAGGGCCACCUGGACCAGCUGGCCCCCCCGGGACUCCUGGCCCAAGAGGACUCCCAGGCCCUUCAGGAUCUCCAGGAAAACCAGGAUAUGGAAGUCAAGGGGCUCCAGGGCCACAGGGGCCUCCAGGACCACCAGGACUUUCAGCUGUUGGAAAGCCAGGUGUGCCAGGCUUACAAGGAAGACCAGGGGACAGAGGAUCGUCUGGUGAAAAGGGAGACAUGGGACCUGCUGGUCUUCCCGGCCCAAGAGGUCCCCCAGGGGCCCCUGGAAUUCCUGGCCCCGCUGGGAUUUCUGUUGCUGGCAAACAAGGAUUGACAGGGCCACAGGGUCAAAGGGGUGCUCCUGGAGAAAAAGGUGAGCCAGGCAUCCCUGGUUUAAAUGGACAGAAGGGAGAAACAGGGUAUGGGGCUCCAGGUCGCCCAGGGGAGAAAGGUUCACCAGGGCCACAGGGACCUGCAGGGUCACCAGGACUUGCAGGGAUAGGGAAGCCGGGAGAAAGGGGAUUUCCAGGGCAGCCAGGUAUUAAAGGAGAUCGGGGGUUUCCAGGUACCACAGGACCAGCUGGCAUCCCAGGUCCCCAAGGCCCUCCAGGGGAACGUGGAGAACCAGGAAUAGGGAAGCCUGGACCCAGUGGAUCACCGGGUUUACCAGGAAGUCCUGGGGCAAAAGGGCUCCCAGGGCCUGUAGGCUUGACUGGACCUUCUGGUCUACCAGGAUUUGGAAAACCAGGGUUGCCUGGCAUGAAGGGAAGCAGAGGACCCGAAGGUCUUCCUGGCAUCCCAGGAGCCAAGGGAGAACAAGGUCCUAUGGGAGCCCCUGGGGAGGCAGGGCCAUCUGGGCCCCCAGGGAAUACAGGCCCUCAAGGGCUGCGAGGUGCACCUGGUGAAAAUGGCAUACCUGGCCUAAAGGGUGAAAGAGGUCCUGCAGGGGCAGCAGGAUUCCCAGGCAUUAAAGGAGAGCGUGGUCUACCAGGAGUAGAUGGGAAACCAGGAUUUUCAGGGGAGCCAGGAACUCCUGGUCCCAAAGGGCAGCCAGGUUUUCCAGGCCCCAAAGGGGAUACUGGCCAUGCUGGGCCACCUGGCCUUCCUGGACCAAUGGGUGCAUCAGGACCUAAGGGAGCAGAUGGAAUUGAUGGUGAACCUGGGCCCAGAGGGUCACCUGGAAUACCAGGUACAAAAGGACCAGUGGGUCCUCCAGGUAUUCCAGGAAUCCCUGGCAGCAAAGGAGACACAGGUGCACCAGGAUUACCAGGUCCAGCUGGCAUUGCUUCAAAGGGUAUAGAAGGGCCUAUGGGACCUAUUGGGCUUCCAGGUGCCAAGGGUCACCCUGGACAGCCUGGACUACCAGGUCCUCCAGGUCCACCUGGUCCCCCAGGUCCUGGAAUCCCACAAGGUCAGGCCAUAGCAGGUGUCCCAGUUAUAAAAGCUGGUGGUGCAAUCCAAGGCCUAACUGGCAUGCCAGUCUCAGCUUUCACUGUCAUUCUUUCAAAAGCUUACCCUCCAUCAGCUGCUCCCAUUAAAUUUGAUAAGAUUCUGUACAACAGACAACAGCACUAUGACCCCAGGUCAGGAAUUUUCACCUGCAGGAUACCUGGACUUUACUACUUUGCUUACCAUGUUCAUGUGAAAGGGACACAUGUCUGGGUUGGCCUAUACAAAAAUGGUUCACCCAUCAUGUACACAUUUGAUGAGUACAAGAAAGGAUACCUUGAUCAAGCUUCUGGUAGUGCUGUUGUUGAUCUUAUGGAAAAUGAUCAAGUCUGGCUGCAACUCCCCAACAAUGAAUCAAAUGGCCUCUUUUCUUCAGAGUAUGUCCAUUCCUCUUUCUCAGGUUUCUUAUUUGCACAAAUAUAACACCCCAUCAAGACCAAAGUUUUAUACUGCUAGAUAUCUACUAGCAACUAAACACAACACAUAAUCACAUUUCUAAGGCAAAUGUUGCAAGGUGCAUAUCUUAGGUGCUAUUUUAAAAGCUAUUUUAAAGGGUAAUAUUCACACAGUAUAAUUAAAUGUUAUUGUUAUAUUUUAUUCAAAUAUGGAAGUGUUUAUUAUAAUUGCCAAGAUCAGGUCUUAACAGUAUAAUUAUUGUAUCCUCAAUUAGCCUCCUCAUUCACUGACUUAUGCAGAAAGGAAGCAAUACUAUACAUUUAAUGCUGCCAUCCUAUUCUUGAAUAAUGUGAUUAAUAAUACCGGCAUGUACUGCAAAUUAAACAGCCUUAGGAUUGCAGUUGAACACAGCUUUUGGGUAUUAAUAUUUGUUUGGUUUUGGAUAUUACUUCUUUAGUAAAAAGAGAUUGAAAUUCAUGGCGGCCACACACAAUAACUUCUUUUUCUUUUGAAAUCAAGGGGCUAAUUUAUCAAGAACCAUAUUAGUACAAUGGCAAGUUAACAAAUAAUGACUUUCAAAUUAUAACUGUGAUGAUAACUUACUAAUCAGAUAUGAAAUUAGUAUUAUUAUUCAAUAUGAAUGAUAAUAUUUUUCACAUCAGGAAAUCUGUAAAAAUGAAUUGAGAUGUAAAUAAUAAAAUUAAUGCAAAGUUACACACUAACUGAAAUAUUCAAAGUAAAUUAGCUCCAGUACUGAAAAUAUACAUAUUCAGGUACUUACGAAAAGCCUUUUCUUUUACAACUAUAUCCCUGUGAUAUAAUCUAAUACCUUGAAUAUUAGUAAAUAUUAUAACAUCAGGGAUAUUUUAAAAACAUGACCCAGAAAAGAUAAGGGAAACUGUAUUUGAAUAGGAAAUUUUGUAUAACAAACUGGCAUUAAAUUCCAAAGCUUUUGCACUGCAUUUACUGUCUCUAUAACAUCAGCUUAACAGCCGAUCCUUGAGACUACACUGGCAUGGCAGUCUGUAAAUUCUAGCCAAGGCACUUCCUUGCAAACACAGCAUACUCUAAAAACCAGGUCAUCAUCCACUUAACAUAGCAGCACUUUGGCCCUAGCCCAGCAGGUCUAAUCAUGCACAAUUAUCUAAUGCAAGAGCUAAUGGCGCUAGAGGGGAUUUACAGUUGUAUCUGCAGCACAAAAUGCAUCCAGUCAGUUCAACAAAGACACAGAUGAGCUCUACAAUUUGGAUUAUGCAUUCAGUUCUGCAGCUGUAGCCACAUCAGCUGCACGUACAGAAGGUUAUCCUCACUGGCACACCUCUCUUGCUGGCUUGGACUGGGUGGCCACAUUCACUAUAUUUACAUUUGAUACUAAAUUGAAAUUAUACUCAGUCCCGAAUAGGCAGUUUUGACCCACUGAUCUUUUAACUCAGCCUCACAAAAUAUAUUACUCUAUUACCCACUACAGAAAGUUGGUUUUUUUACAUAGGACAUUCCAAAAAUGAUAUGCAUCAGCUACAUAAAUAGAAAAAUACUGUUGAAUUUUGUUAGUUUUACACUAUGGUGCUUGUACAGUUACUUAUUGUACUAAUGUAAGACCAGUUAUUUAAAAAUGUUAAUAUUUAAUUGCACACAAAGUUGUUAACUGCAUAUCUUUUUUCUGAAACAAAAUAUAUGUAAUUUCUUAUAUUCAUUUGAAAUAAGUAUUUUACUCGUUGCUCUAAAAUGUCCAGUUGUGUCUUCUAAGCCUGAUUUAAAACACAUAUUGAAUAAUAAUAAAAAGGUGAACUACA